UGCGAGAACAACCCGACGAUCCCUUGAUCACCUGCGAAAUAUGCAUCGAACCCAUGUUAUCAAACAACAAGAAGUUCGGAAACAACAACCUCUGCGUUCACCCUUUUUGCAACGAAUGCAUAACCAAGUACGUGCAGUCUAAGAACGAGGAGGAGCGGGUGGCUGGAAUCAAGUGCCCCGGAUCAAACUGCGACAAGUUGCUGGAUCCGCUCACCUGCCGAGCCUUAGUACCUCCUGAAGUGUCCGACCGGUGUUACUGCCCGAACCGGGUUUGUUCGGCCAUGGUGGUGAAGGAGUGUGGAGGGAUCGUGAAGAAGUCGAUGUGUCCCAAUUGUAAACACUGUGUUGAGCACGUUCAUGGUUGCUCCAUUCUUACGUGCAGAUGUGGGAGGAGUUUCUCCUACGAGUGCGGAAGGAAGGUGCAUCAACACUAGUGUUGCUGCGAAGAUAAAGCUAACCACGAAGAUACAACAAAAAAGGAAAAGCACACGGACAUCAACAAAGAACAAGUCGUCCCACACCAGUGUUCUUGCAAUGAUAAAGCUAACA